AUGAGCACUCCUUUCCCUACUGGUGAAUCCCCGGCGAACCGCUCGAACAACUCAGGUUGCAACAUUCAAGAUGGCCUCUUAGCCGUGACUCUCCCAGUGACGUAUUCCAUAAUCUCCAUUAUGGGCUUCUUCUUCAACAUGCUGGCCCUUUGGGUGUUCCAUUUCGGUACACAGAAGACAAACUCCAUCACGGUGUACAUGAGGAACCUCGCCCUGUCGGACCUCCUCCUCGCUCUCUGCCUGCCCUUCAGGGCAGCGUAUCACAACCAGAGCGGCCCCGCCAUGCUCUGCCAGGUGGUAGGCAUCAUCUUCUACCUUACCAUGUACGUCAGCAUUGGGUUGCUCAGCCUGAUCAGCCUAGAUCGCUACUUGAAGAUCCUCCGGCCCCUCCAGCAGUUCCGGAUCCACACGGUGACUCACAGCACCGCUGCUUCUGGACUGGUGUGGUUGGCCUGCGGCGCCAUGAUGCUGCCUUUCUUUUUCAACGUUGGCAAGAAGGGGCCCUGUGCCCACCGAUGCUUCCACUUCAAGCACAGAAGCAUGCUGGGGGCAGCGCUCAAUCUGGUUGCAGUGGCGACUUUCUUUGUCUUGCUGGGCUUUCUCCUCUACUCCUACGGCAAGAUCUCGCUCAAGCUCCGCCAGGUCGCCUUAAGGAAAACACAGCAGCAGAGCAAGAAGACAAGUGCCCAAGCCAUAUCCAAGACCUUUGUGGUCCUUGCUGUUUUCAUCACAUGCUUCACCCCUUACCAUGUGGUCCGUGUGCCCUACAUCUUUGCCCAGAUCAAGAUCAUCUCUGAUCUGCGGAGCGUACAAGCCCUCCACCUCGCCAAUGAACUCGUCCUCUGCAUCUCGGCUCUCAAUUGCUGCUUGGACCCGAUGAUUUUCUUUUUCCUCUCCAGCAGUUUCAAGAGAGCUUUGCUGGCGGCCCUGGGUGGGAAACUGAAAGUGGCGUUCCGGAAGAGCGAUGGAGUCUUAAACACUAGAAAAUCCAACACAGACUCGCGGGUCCAGAGAUCUGAGUUACAGGUUGAGGAGGGACCUCUGGAGAGGCAAUGAAGACGCUAACGUGUUCACAACGCAAACUGAUGUAUUUUUACUCAAAACUCCUCCAGCGAU